GAGAAAUUCCUGAACUCCUUUCAAAAGAAAUAACAUAUCUUCUGUUCAUGUUUUAAUAUGUGGUUCAGCCAAUUCCUACGAGACCAGAAGCUCGUCAGCUGUGGGUGAUACAUAUCCAGUUAAAGCCUGGCGUGACAUUACCCGCUGUAUACGCCUAUUGUAAUGGUGCAAAAGGUGGAUUAUAUACGGCCGUAUUGGAAAGAAUUGUGGAACUCGCACCGGCUUUGAAACGUAAUUUACUCACAGUUAUGACGGAUUUUGAAGCCGCGGAGAUUAAUGCAAUUCGACAUGUGUUUCCCCAUGUUCGUCUCCGAUGCUGUUGGUUUCACUACAACCAAGCUGUCACGGCACGUUGGUAUCACCUGGAUCUCGAUGAAGCACCCCAAAUCAUCCUUUUUUUUGCAUGGCAAUUGGCGUUGGCACCUUCGACAAGAUACGAGGAAGGUCUCCGAAUAAUUGCGAAACGAAUUGCAUUACAUGAAGACGAGUUUCCAAAAUUACACCUGUUUCAUAACUAUCUUUUAACACAAUGGCUACCCAAAGCAUGUUUGCUAUCAGUUUUUGAGGAAGAUGAUAGAACGAACAAUCCAGCCGAAGCAUGCAAUCGCCAUUUAACCAAAGAACUCGGAGGGUGUAAGCCUCCUCUGUGGACUCUACUGUACAAUUUGGAUAAAUACAUAAAAGUCACAAAUAAUAAAUUGACUCGUGUUCUGGCCAAUGUAAAAAUCUCCAAAUCCUACCAAACCAAAAGACAACGAGAAGACAAUGAGCGGAUUGAACGGUGCCAAGCCAAGUUAUCAAGUGGAGAAUAUGACUUGGAUAAAUUUCUUUUUGAAUCAAUUAACAAACAACGACAACAAGAAAUUUUUGAAGAAAUAAAAUUCCUACAAAAAGAUAACAGUGGUGUAGGAUCACGAAAUUUGGCUGCCACCGACAUUCUCCUCGAUGUUGAGAACGCAAUUCAAGACCCUCCAAACGUGAGUAUGUCUUUGCUUCCGAGCUCACGAUUGCGACCUCAAAAAAUAGAGAAGACCAAAAAAGCAACGUCAAGUGAUACAUUGCAGCAAAUGACCGUGCAAGAGGCAAAUCAACGGGUUCAGAACCUAGCUAAUAAGAAAAUGGAAGGAUAUGUUCAAUUAGAGGGUGAAGAAUAUGGGAGUAAGAAACGUCGAAAAUGGAAGAGCAAGAGGGCAGGAACAAGAGGAUGUUACACAGACCAACCGAAUCUGAAAAACAAAAAUAUUGGUUUUAGGAGCACUAAGAACACUAAAAAAAAAAGUUCAGAAACUAUAAAGGUUAUGCAACCAUUGCAAAAUUCAUCAAAAGCAUCCGUUGAAUUUGAGGAGAAUUUUCAUGGGGUAAGCCGGUCGUUUGCACCAGCAAAUGUGAUGAAGGAAGCCAUUCCUGAAGAAAAUGAGAAAGGGAAUUUUAAUGAUGAUGGAGAUUUCACGGAUAUUGAAUUCUUGGAUGAAAAAUUGCUGCAGGAAAUGGACGGAAAUUGACUGACAAUUUGCAUGACAUAUGCCAUGAAGAAAAAAAAGAAUUCAGCUUGU